AUCUAUCUCAAAGCAUACCACAAACACACUCUAUACACACACACAACCAUCAAAAUGACCUCCAACCCCAACCCCGGCAACUUCGCCAACCGCCCGCAGGAAGAAGUCGAGAACAUCGCCCGCAAGGGUGGCCAGUCCAGCCACUCGGGCGGAUUCGCCUCCAUGGACGAGGACAAGCAGCGCAACAUCGCCUCCAUGGGCGGCCAAGCAUCCAGUGGAAGCUUCCAGCCCGGCGAAGAACGGGCCCGGGAAGCCGGCCACAAGGGAGGAAUGUCAUCCGGAGGGAGCUUCGAGCCUGGAGAUCCUCGGGCUAGAGAGGCUGGUCGGAAGGGAGGAUCGAGAACUGGGGGCGAUAUGCCGGAGGAGUAAAUCUACU